AUGCAAUAUGGUAUUAGUCAGAGCGAUUACAUUUACACAAAUCAAGUAAAAUUAUACGCAACUGAUUAUAUCGUACAAAAAUGGAUUAACAAAGUGAAAAAAGAUGAGGGAUACAAUAGCGAGCGUUCUAUGACUUUUUCUCCACCACCACCGUGUUCUAUGACUUUUUCUCCACCACCACCAUCGUUCAGCAGUUUAUAUGAACAGGAAAAUCUAUCAUCAGUCUCGCCCUUGUCCCCGUCAGCACAAGAGAGCUACCUCGAGAACAACCAGGAAGGCUUUUCGGAAAACGAUGGACCAUUUGGACCACAAUAUAAUUAA